GGAUAAUCGUUCUGAAAAUCGAAGAAGAAACUCUGAACUAGCCUCUAAAAAGUUAUAACAAGCCACUAAAAAACUGUCACAUACAGAGCAAUUUGUGCAAUGUUUUCAAUAAUAUCAAAGUGUAGGCCUUUAACUCAGUUUAGUGAUGUGUCCAAGACAUUAAUUGCGCUCUCCAGCCAGUCUACGGCAGUGCUAAAGGAAAAAUCAUUGAGGGAAAAGGAUGUUUUGAAGAAGCAAAUCCUGGAAUGCAGGCAUGUCUAUCCUGAAUUCCUGCCUGAUCCCAAAGUGGAAUUCAGGAACGUUAUCCGGGAAAAGCUGGAAAGGUCUGAUAUGGUAGCUCGGCGAACACAAAUAGAUAUCGGUGAAUUCUAUGUGGGCUCGGUUUUAGCGGUAACUUCUUCAGAUCGUCAUGCACCGGGCAAAACGCACCGAUUUGUGGGGAUUUGCAUCCAACGUGAAGGAUGUGGACUGCGUGCUUCUUUUAUUCUAAGGAACGUCGUAGAUCAUCAGGGCGUUGAGAUUCUCUAUCACAUGUACGAUCCCACAAUACACAAAGUAGAAGUGCUCAGAUUGGAGAAGAGGUUGGACGACAAACUGCUAUAUCUGAGAGAUGCGUUGCCUGAAUAUAGCACGUUUGAUUUGAAUAUGGAUGUUGAGAUUCUGCCUGAAGGCGCUCCGAUUCCGGUUAAUCCCAUCAAAGUGAAACUAAAGCCCAGGCCCUGGUUAGAGCGCUGGGAAAGGCAAAAUCUGAUGGGCGUCCAAGACCUGGAAUUGCCCGAACGAUUCUAUAUACGAGCGAAGGAACGCGAAACACCCUGGGAGAAAUACGACUUGAUGAAAGAAUACAUGCGAACCAUUCCCGAGGAAGAGCAGCUGGAAAUAUUCAGUGGGGUGCAAAACGAGCUACACAAGUUGGAAUCUCAAAGGAAGAAGAUGAAGAGGAAACGUAUCUUUAUCAAGCCCAGUAAAUUAGCGUGAGAUGUAACCGAUAAAUAUAAGUAUUGAGUUAA